AUGCUUUUCUUUAAAACAUUUAACUUUAAAGUGCUCGAGGUGAACCGGAUCGAGCGAGCCCGCCUAUCCGGCACCUUUGACUCCCUUCCCGAUGUCAUGUUGGAGAAACCUACUCCGACUCACCAGUUGCUGCACCCGGCCCAACGCGUUAUCCCAGAGCCUGCGCAGAAUGCCUCAGUGAUUUCCCAACAGUCGACACACACCAACACAUACAUAUACACGGACGGCAGCAAACAGGAGGAUGGCUCCGUCGGGGCGGCCUUUGUCGUCUACGCCAACACUCACUCAACACACCCGAUACACACCAAAAAACUCAAAUUACACAAAAGCUGUUCGGUUUUCCAAGCGGAGCUGUUCGCCAUCCUUGGGGCGUGCCGGUGGGCCCGCGGCAAAGGUCGGACGGAUGUGACCGUUUACACGGACUCAAUGUCUUCGAUUGCGGCCAUACGCAACCGUAGCAACACCCAUCCCCUGGUGAGCGAUAUUCACCAGGUAAUGGCGAGCUACCGUGGAUUCGGAAGCAUCCGUUUGGACUGGGUCAGAGGACACACCGGCGUCGCUGGCAACGAGGCGGCGGACCGCGCAGCUGGAGCCGCAGCACGACUCCACAAAGUUAACGACUAUGACGCAGUUCCCGCAUCACACAUCAAACACAUUGCUCGCACUCAAACACACGACACAUCGCAGAAACGUUACACAAGCGAACCACAAGGGGCACACACACGAUCUCUUCUCCCCACACUCAAACAAAUACACACAUUCUUCACCAAAACACCUAUAACAUUUUUGCUAACACAGUACCUCACAGGACACGGAUUUCAUCUGUCGUAUCUGCGCAGGUUCCACAUUACAGAAAACGAUGUGUGUCCCUGUGGCAGUGGUGAGAUACAGGACAUCGAUCAUCUGCUCAAACGCUGCCACAGGUUCACAAACCAUCGCAUGAAUCAUGUUUUUAUUUGCGACAAUUUAAAAAUUGACCCAUACAGACUGACGGACAUUAUGACAAAGGAACAGUCGAUGGCCUCACUAACAAAAUUUGUUGAAUAUAUCUACUCCAAUCUAAAAGAUCUUAAUGGGGACAUCGUACCACAAUAA